GGGCGAAAGGGGGGGAAGGGCUCCCCUUGGCCCUUGCGGCGAGUGCUGCUUUAUAGCGCGCGCCUCCUUUGCCCGCCUUACCCCGCAUGGCUUUCAUGAUGAUGAAGAAAAAGAAGUUCAAAUUCCGCGUGGAGCUGGAACUGGACGAUCUCUCCUCGGUGCCCUUCGUCAAUGGGAUCCUCUUCUGCAAGGUGCGGCUGCUGGACGGUGGGAGCUUCAGCGGAGAGUCCUCCAGAGAAGUGGUGCAAGCAAACUGUGUUCAUUGGAAGAAAAGGUUUUCAUUUAUAUGUAAAAUAAGUGCAAGUGCCACUACAGGGAUUUUGGAUCCCUGCAUCUGCAGAGUCUCUGUACGAAAGGAAUUAAAAGGAGGGAAGACUUAUGCAAAGUUGGGUUUUGCGGAUCUUAACCUGGCAGAGUUUGCUGGAUCAGGAAAUACGACUCGCCGCUGCUUACUGGAAGGUUAUGAUACCAAAAACACAAGGCAGGACAAUUCAAUUCUCAAAAUCUUAAUCAGCAUGCAGCUAAUGUCUGGAGACCCUUGCUUUAAAACCCCUCCAUCUACAGCAAUGUCUAUACCAAUUGCUGGAGAAUCAGAAUCCCUGCAUGAAGACAGAAAAGGUGCAGAGAAUACUAAAGGGUCACAUUUGACUGUAUCAGAUUUUACAAACAAGAGCAUCUCAGCCCCAGAUGAACUUGGAGCAUGUGGACAUUCUAGGACUUCUAGUUAUGCAAGCCAACAGUCAAAAGUAUCAGGAUACAGUACUGCACAUUCUAGAUCAUCCAGUUUCUCUGACCUCUGUCAUAAAAGAAAUACCUCUGUGGGAAGCACAUCAACUGGUAUAAGUAGUAUUCUAGAGCCAUGUGAAGAGGCUGAAUCCAGAAGCACUGAGGAUAAUCUGAAAGCAACUAUGAAAGAUGCACUCUCCGAAAACUCAAACAGGCUACCAGUAAAACAGGAUUCUGUGGAAUCACAGCUGAAGAGGGUUGAUGCAACAAGAGUUGAUGCAGAUGAUAUUGUUGAAAAAAUACUGCAGACUCAAGACUUCAGUUUGGACUCAAGUGCAGAAGAAGAAGGACUAAGACUUUUUGUAGGUCCCGGAGGAAGCACUGCCUUUGGAAGUCAUCACUUACCUAAUAGAGCGGGAUCUGGAGCUUAUGAACAAGUGGUUAUAAAACGCUAGAAGAACUGGACUAAGUGGAUGGAUUUCCAGAACAUAUUUCUCAAUAUUAUCAAGGAUGAAAUCUACUGAAAGUUGGCAUAUAUGCCAGUUUAGAUACUUUAUACUGAAACUUUCUUCUGAAACCAUUUAUAAGGGCAAUUUCCCAUCUUUUAGCCUGCUGCUCAUUUGUUGGCAGAUUUGUUGAUGGGAAUUAUUGCAUUGUUCCACAUGUAAGUCAAAUUGGGGUGAGGUGUGUUGUUGUUUUUUGUUUUUUUUUUUGGAAAGAGGAAAUUAUUCUAUAUAAUUGAUCAUAUAUUGAAAUCAGUUGUCAGUGGAAAACCUUCACUAAUGUUUUCUAUAAGCAAAUCAGAAUAGGAAAUAGGAAGUACUCAUUCAAGGAAGGGUUUUGAGAAAGUAAUACUUUUAUAAACAUAUUAGUUUUAAAACAUGACCUGCAUUUCAGUAUUUUGAUAUUCCUUGAAAAUGAGUGACUAGCCCUAAAUGGGAUUGAUAUGCAUAUUUUAUUACUGUUGAAUAUAUAGCCAGGCAGGUGCUCUAUGUAUUCUUAAAACUAUGAAAAAGUAUAAAAAAGUAUAAGGUUGUAUUGACUAACAUUUUAGUCUGUAUUUAAAUCAUCAUCACAGAAUUGAAUAAAAAUUUUGAGCUCACAAGAUGAUUUGUAGAGAAGCUUAGAGAAUAUCAUUUGAGAGUGCCUUCAUUCUAAGGGAAAAGUAAAUACAAACUAUUUUAUGAAGCUUUAAUAAUAAAUAGUAAACCAACCACUAUAAAGAUAAGCACUUUAUAAAUCCAUUAUUUUAGUUGAAUUUCUGACUUAGGCAAAUGGCAUAAUAGCAAUUCCCUUAGUUUUUGUUGCAUUAUGUUUGCCAGUCAUGGUCCAUACAUGAAGGAAAUACUUGCCAGAUGCAGUAUCACCUGUGUAAACACUUACAUGGAUGAAUGCUUUGCUUGUAGCUCUGUCCAGUAUUAAAUUGCUUUUUUUCCAUGUCUUCUUAAACAGAAUUUAUUUCAAUUAGACUUACACAGAAGAAAUGUCCUGGCAGAACUGUGAUGCAUAAAUAUUUGUAUGAACAGUAUAAUUUGCCUAUGCAACAAUUUCAACAAAGCAUUAUCUGACAGCAGAAACAUUGCAAUUUUUUUGCUAAUGGUAUGAAAACUAUGAAUAAUCUUGUUGCUUUGUAGCUGGUCUCAUAUCUUUUAAAAAUAGAAAUUGAUACACCUUUAAAAUAAUUUUUAAUAAGCUAAUUAUAGAUAUCUUGUUUAGUGUCUUUGUUUUACUGUUUUCAUGGUAUCACUGAUUCUUUUUGAAAAAAAUAUGAGUUAUUUUUAGUUAAAUGAAGGUUUUUUUAUGUUUGAAAUACUUUUUUUAUAAUUGUCAUAGCUUUUUUCUUGAAGUCACAUAUGUGAACUCUUAAAAUAAUAUUUCUUUACUGGUAUGGUACCCAACAGUGUUCUAUUAUGUUUCAGCUUGUUCUAACUUGACUUUAAGUGGAUCUUUUAGUUGCUGUUAAAAUAAUGGAAAGGGAAUGCACAAAGUUUAUUUUGAAAUACACUUUAAUCUACUUUGAACUUUGUAGUAGUGUGGUUAAGUAAAACAUACCUAAGAUAGUGCUUGAAUUUAUUGAGGAAUGAUCUUUGUCCUGGAAAAUAACUGAUUUAAAGAAAUAGCAAAUUGGUAUGAGAAUGCACAGGUUAAAAUAAGUGACAGGGUCACACAUAGUACUCAUGAGAAAUUAUCACUUUCAACUUAAUAUUCCAUGGUGAAUAUAAUUUGUAGAGUCAAAUGCAACAUUAGUCCAUAUAAAGAUAUCUAAUUUUGUUCCUUUUAGAACUAGUUCAGAGGGAAUUUCUCUCUUGCAUUCAACAUGUUGGUGGUAGCUCUUUUUAUUCCAUAUGCUCAUUCUAUGUAUUCUUCUGUGUAAAGUUUGAACAAAUAUCAUGCACUUUUAUUAAUUGUAUUAUUUUAAUGAAGUGAUUCCAGUACCAUCUGAGACAUGGGAAAUGAUCUUCAUAUUUAUAUGGCAUUAAACUUGUGUAAACUGUAUACUGACAUGCUAAUAUUUUUAUUAAAAUCAACAUUUUUAUCAUAAAAUAUUUCAUUGUAAAGUGAACUUACAAAUUCAAUAAAAUUUGUCUUCAA